AUGAGCGAGGCGUCCAGGGCCGAUAUUGUGCGUGAAGAAUGUAGCACGUACAAAACUAAUAGACCCUCGGGCCCUACCGUGGCAGGGUUCCGAGAACGGCGGCGCGCGGUGACGAGGCGGCGGCCGCUGCGGCGUUGGUCUGUGGCGACAGUACGGCAGCUCAAAGGCGCAGCGGUGUUUGGUGCGAGGCGGCUGUUUGCCGGUCACAAUACGGUGAUGUUUACCGCGCAGCACACG